CCAUUCUUUUGUUUUAAAUAUUGAAAAGAAGAACGGAUGGCGAAAACAUGGGUAGCUGUGGUGUUAUCCGUGAUGCUACUCGUUUCCAUAAACUCGGUGGCAAUUUGGGCUGAGGAGGAACAGCCUACGAUUGGGACGAGGAUAGACUCAGCCGUGACAGGCGUCACCAAUGCAUUCAAUGAACACGGUGGCCCAGACGCCGUUGAAACCGUAUCUUCCACAGCAAAGUCCGUUUACGGAUGGUUUGGUGAUAAAGCCAAGGAAAUGGGAAUUCAUUUCUAAAAGGAGGAAUAAGGAAAGGUGAACUUAUAGAUGUGGUAUCAAUCAAAA